AUGAGUGCUCACAGGACACCUAAAACAGGAAGACAAUCUCUCCUCUUCCAAGACUUAGCUUCUCCCGUCUCCGCACGCCGCGGAAAAUUCUCAACCCCGGGGCAAGCAGCUGCCGUCUCCGCACUAUGGCGCGAGAAUCUCGGAGCCUCGGAUCUUCCACCUCCACCGAUGUAUACUCUCGACGACCGCUCAGAUUUCUCUCCUGAGUCUGGCAUUGCAGACUACUCCGCCUCUCCGGAUGUUAAAUCCGAGAGACGGACGACGCCUUCUCAGAGCUCUGGGAAGAACGUUGUGACUCCUGGUAAAGGGAAGUUGGAGGCAAGUUCGUCUUUUUCGCUGCUGAGUGGGCAACAGAGUCAGCAAGUGUCAGGGAGUCCGAGUUGGUGGUCGUCGCAGGCGAAGGGAGGAGGUGGUAGUAGUGCUGAGCAGGAGGAUAAAGGGAAAGGGUCUCCCGUUGAAGGUGUGGUUCAGCCUGGUGCUUUGGUUACUCUUCCGCCGCCGAGGGAAGUUGCUAGGCCUGAGGUUCAGAGGCAGGUUAUACCCACGGGGAAUGUUCAAGAGGAGGAGUGGGUUACUGUCUAUGGAUUUUCUCCAAGUGAUACAAAUUUGGUACUAAGAGAGUUUGAAAAGUGUGGGAUGAUCGUGAAACAUGUUCCUGGUCCAAGGAAUGCCAACUGGAUGCACAUCCUCUAUCAGAACCGGUCCGACGCACAGAAGGCUCUGAGCAAAACCGGGAUGACGAUUAACGGAGUGAUAAUAGUAGGAGUAAAGCCAGUAGACCCAAUACAGAGGCAAGCCUUAAACGAAAGGCUGAACAACCAAGGAUUCAUGCCUUUACCUCCACCAUCAUCAACUAGAGAAACCGAGUUUAACACAGCUAGGGGAGCCUCUUCUCGUCCUCACUACUUGCAAAACGGAAGCGCCUUCUCCCCUCAACCAAACGGUGGCGCCAUGGCCGUUCCAUCAAAGUCGGUGGUCUCAAAGUUCGUUGACUUGAUGUUCGUAGUUUUGACUAUACGAGAGGCAAUGGCGAAAGCAACAGAGCAGAAACAAGACUCUCAUACUGUGGAAGUCACGAAGCUUGAUAUUCGUGAUGUGGUCACCACAGCCACCACAUACGGAGAGGAUAGCCGUCACGGCGGCAGACGCAUUGACGUGGCAAUGUUUAUGUUACGAGCCAUGUGCAUGGCUGCAUCUGCGGUGUCUGUGUCGUUAAUGGUGACAGCACGUGAGACUAGCAUGACCACUCUCUACGGUUUCGAGUUUCAGCUCAACGCCGUUUGGUCUCUCUCAGAUUCCCUCAUAUACCUAGUGGUGGUUUCAUCCGCGACGGUUAUUUACUCAUUACUGCAACUGGUUAUAAGCGGGACAAGACUAUGGAGAAGAUCUCCGGUGAUUCCUACAAGAACACAAGCAUGGUUUUGCUUCGUUGCUGAUCAGAUAUUGGGAUAUGCGAUGGUGAGUGGAGGAUCAGCGGCUCUAGGAGUGACGAAUAUGAACAGAACAGGAAUCAGACACAUGCCUCUUCCCAAUUUCUGCAAAUCUCUAGGUUUCUUCUGUGACCAUCUCGCAAUAUCCGUCGUCUUCGCCUUGUUCGCGUUUCUCCUCCUCGCUGCUUCUUCUAUUCUCGACGUUCUUAGUCUCUCACGCUACCAGUAGAGAAUUAUUACUGUGUUUACCCUUGUCCUUUUGCGUCUAAUUAUUGUAAUGAUGUUUUAUCAUCAUACAAUAAUCAUGUGUUGUUGUUAUGGAUGUUUUAUUUUGGAAUUUGUUUGUUUCAAACGAUGUCAGCGA